GUUCAGGCCCCACAGAAGGGACCCUCCUCCUCCUCCCUUAUGGCGUGAACUCUUGUUUGUUUCUCUUCAUUUUCACUGCUCUCACCCUGAGAACCGAGCUGAUAAAUGCAGCCGAGAGAUAAAAGAAAUGUUUUUUCCGUUCCUCCAGAAGAGCCGUAGAGACCGACGAGUGAGACAGCGGUGUGUUUAUGGACAUGUUUCCAUUAUCGCUCCGUUUCUGUGAGGUGACUCAGACCAGAUGAAGCCUCGAGUGAGAUGAUCAGGAUGAAGUUCACACGGAGCUUUAUGUUUUUAAUCUGUCCCAUCAUGGUGCUGAUAUUCCUCUACUAUUCUUCUGGCAGACUUCACCUACGGACCUCAGUGCAGAAAUCUCAGGUUCGUUUGGAUAGUUUACACUCCGUGGGACGUGUAGUAGCUUCAGGAAUGACCACCUGGAUGGGAAAACAGGGCUUUCCUUCAUUCAUUGCUCACCAGUCAUUUUUACCAGAGUACGACAAGCAGGGAUUCCUUACCAAGUUUGACAGAAAACUGCCCCUGGAGCUGCAGUAUAAAUAUGGUAACCUCAGUAAAGGAGAGUGUAAACCGGGAUUUACAGAGGCCAAGAUGACAUUAAUCUAUCCAAAGUUUUCAAAACCAGCUCCCAUGUUUCUUGAUCCGAAUUUUAAGCGGCUAUCAAAAAUCAGCAGUUACCCACCUCCUUUUGGAGUAAAAACACAAGAAAAGAUCAUCGAUCAUAUUUUAUUAGCUACAAAGAGCUAUUCGCUGGGUUCAAAACUUGACAGUCUUAGUUGUAAGAAGUGUAUUAUUAUUGGCAACGGAGGCAUUCUCUACAAUAAGUCCUUGGGCUCCAGAAUUGAUCAAUAUGAUGUUGUUGUACGACUAAACGAGGCUCCAGUCGCCGGUUUCGAGAAGGACGUGGGCUCGAAGACCACUAUGCGCAUCACCUACCCUGAAGGAGCCAUCCAGAAACCAGAGCGCUACGAGAAGAGCUCACUUUUUGUUGUCUCUGCCUUUAAACCCAUGGACUUCAAAUGGCUGCGUCACAUGGUGUUCAAGGACAAGCUUCGGAGUAUGGAGGGAUUCUGGAAGUCCGUGGCACGUUUCGUUCCCAGAGAUCCAGAAGACAUGCGGAUCCUGAACCCGUAUUUCAUCCAGGAAGCGGCCUUCAGAUUCAUCGGGCUUCCACAUAACAAAGGCCUCAUGGGAAGAGGGAAUAUUCCCACACUGGGGACUGUUGCAAUCACAAUGGCCCUCCAUAACUGCGAUGAGGUGGCGGUGGCUGGAUUCGGAUAUGACAUGAAUUCACCUCAUGCACCUCUGCACUAUUACGAGAAGCUCAAGAUGUCUGCAAUCAAAGAGUCAUGGACACACAACAUAUCCAAAGAGAAGGAGUUUCUCCGGAAGCUGGUGAUGGGGGGCGUUAUUAAGGACCUGACCAAUGGGAUCUGACAUUACAUCCGCAUCAUACAGCUGAUAGUUAGUAUUCACCAUAUCAAAGUGGUGACAGCCAUCCCAGCUGAUGGACUCUCAUUAAUGUGAGCCGUCACAGGUACAAUCGCAUGAUGCCGCCGGAGGAAGUGACCUCACCUCAUAUGCUGGACGGUAUCCAUGGCAACCUCACCUCAAUCAUGGUAAUGCUUGUUUUAGGAUGCCACGUAGGCCAGAGUCCGUCCCUACGCGCCAUAGCGCCUGACAAAGACUGGAGACAUGCUGCUUUCUUGUUUUUUACUCUACAGCAGCUGUUGUGAACUGGAUUCAGUAUUUAUUUUAGACAGUAUUUUAAUCACCGUCAUUAAGAUGCUUUAUUUUCUAAGCCAAGUCAGCUUUAAUGUUUUAAUACUGUUCUCUUAAAUCUCAGGCUAUGCACAACAGCACAGUGCACAACCACACACAACAGAUGAUUGUCACUAAUGACUUUCUGCUGCUCUUCUGACAUGUGCCAUUAAAGGAUUAGUUCACUUUCAAAUGAAAAUUACCCCAAGCUUUACUCACUCUCAAAGCCAUCCUAGGUGUAUAAGACUUUCUUCUUUCUAAUGAACACAAUCGGAGAUAUAUUAAUAAAUAUCCUGAUGCAUCUGGGCUUUAUAAUGGCAGUGAGCAGGAUCAAUGAGUAUGAGCUGAAGAAAGUGCCUCCAUCCACGUCCAUCUAUCAUAAACGUACUUCACACGGCUCCGGGGGGUUAAUAAAGUCCUUCUGAAGAGAAGCGAUGUGGUUGUGUAAAAAAAAAAAAUAUUGAUAUUUAACAAGUUAUGAAGUAAAAUAUCUAGCUUCAGCCAGACCGCCUUCCGUAUUCCGUAACUGCCGACACCAGUUGGUGUCGGCUUCUGGCUGAAGCUAGAUAUUUUACUUCAUAACUUGUUAAACAGGUUUUUUUUUUUUUUUUUUUUUUUUUUUUUACACAAAUGCAUCGCUUUGCUUCAGAAGGACUUUAUUAAACCCCCUAUCCCCCCGAGCAGUGUGAAGUACUUUUUAUGAUGGAUGGAUGUGGAUGGAGGCACGUUCUUCAGCUCAUACUCGUUGGUAUCGCCAUUAUAAAGCUUGGAUGCAUCAGGAUAUUUAUUAAUAUAUCUCUGAUUGUGUUCAUCAGAAAGAAGAAUGUCAUAUACACCUAGGAUGGCUUGAGGGUGAAUAAAGCUUGGGGUAAUUUUCAUUUGAAAGUGAACUAAUCCUUUAAACAAAUCAGCAUCCACUUGUUCCUGUACCUUCCACAUGUAUAUCCAUCUCCGUGUGUAACCAGAUCAUGAGACCAGGCAAAUUAAAGUAUUAUCAAGCUUUAUA